CAUUCUGUGCCUCUAGCGGCCACUUUAAAAUACCGCAACAAUAUAACGCGAUUUCCUGUUUUUCCAUUGAAUUCACUUUUUAUUCCAUAGUGAUUAUUGUUUUAAAGAUCUAUAUUUGUUUCUAGAUUCGUCUGUCAAUGGCUAAAGCAAAGACUGUAAUCGUUCUAAGGCCACGCCCAUUGAAGUUCUUCACACUUUAGACUUAUGAACCCUAGAGGCUGAAUUUGUUGAUUUUUAAGUAGUUUUUGUUGGCUUCGCGUUCAAGAUGAAUCCGUCUGGUUAUAAUAAAUCUGGAAAAACUUUUCUUUUCACAUCUGAGUCUGUUGGGGAAGGACAUACAGAUAAAAUGUGUGAUCAGAUCAGUGAUGCUGUACUGGAUGCUUAUCUGGCACAAGACCCUGACUCCAAAGUGGCAUGUGAAUGUGUGGCAAAGACUGGCAUGAUCCUUUUGUGUGGUGAAGUGACAUCAAAGGCUGUUGUUAAUCUUCAGAAAGUGGUUAGAGACUCUAUCAAGAGUAUUGGAUAUGAUGACUCGUCCAAAGGUUUUGACUACAAGACCUGCAAUGUGCUUGUGGCACUGCAGCCACAGUGUGUUGAAAUUAGUGAGUGUGUGUUUGAAGGCAGAGAUAUGGAAGACAUUGGUGCUGGUGAUCAGGUCAUAAUAGUCUGCGUUACAUUUUUUUUGUUUACUUGUUACAAAAAUCCAGCUUUCUUUAUACAGGGUUUAAUGUUUGGCUAUGCCACUGAUGAAACAGAAGAGUGUAUGCCUCUCACCAUCAUAUUAGCUCACAAACUGAAUGCCAAAAUGAAGGAGCUUUCAAAGACUGGAGUUUGUCCUUGGAUUCUCCCCGAUUCAAAGACACAGGUAACAGUGGAAUAUCGUGACAACAUGGGUGCUAUGGAGCCUCUCCGCAUUCAUACCCUGGUUAUCUCCGUUCAGCACACACCUGACAUCACGCUGGCCGAAAUCCGUCAAAAUCUGAUGGAGAAAGUAGUGAAGGCCGUCAUCCCGGACAAAUACCUGGAUGACAAGACAGUUUAUCACCUCUUGCCUAGUGGAAAGUUCCUUUGUGGUGGUCCACAAAGUGAUGCUGGUCUCACAGGAAGAAAGAUUAUUGUGGACACCUAUGGUGGCUGGGGUGGACAUGGUGGUGGUGCAUUCUCUGGUAAAGAUUACUCCAAAGUGGAUCGCUCUGGUGCUUAUGCUGCCCGCUGGGUGGCCAAAUCACUUGUCAAAGCCAAACUGUGUCGGAGAGUUUUGGUCCAGAUCUCAUAUGCUAUUGGUAUUAGUCACCCUUUAUCAGUCUCGAUUUUUCAUUAUGGAACGUCGACAAGAGAUGAGGACGAGCUUUUAGAGAUUGUUAAGAAUAAUUUUGACCUGAGGCCCGGGGUCAUCGUCAGGGAACUUGAUUUGAAGAAACCAAUCUACCAGAAAACAGCCUGCUACGGACACUUUGGUCGAGGGGAAUUUCCUUGGGAAAAGCCCAAAAAACUGAUCUUCUGAAAUAGUUAACAUAACAAAGAAUUAGAACAUCAUAACAAUUUGAGAAUAUUCAUAUAAUUAAAUAAAUGAAAUUGUUAUGUUUUUU